AUGGCCCACACGCUGCCCGCCGCCGCCCCUCUGCAGGGCUGGGCUGCCCGCGGCCCCCCGGACCCCCUCGGCUACAGCAGCAGCUCUCCCGCAGCAUCGCCGGACUCGUGCGGCCUCGCGUCCCCCGGCCCCGCCCGGGGACCGUGCCGCGGCCACGCCGCCCCCCGCACCAGGGGCAGGAAGGGGGCGCGGGGCGGGGGCGCGCCGGGGGUCCCUCGGCAGAGCGCCAGCGAGCGGGAGAAGCUGCGGAUGCGGCGGCUGGCUCAGGCCCUGCUGAGGCUGCGGCACUACCUGCCCCCAGCGCUGGCGCCCGCCGGGCAGAGCCUCACCAAGAUCGAGACCCUGCGCCUCGCCACCCGCUACAUCGCCCACCUCUCCGCCCUGCUGGGGCUCGGCCGGGGGGCGCCGGUCCCCCGGCACUGUCCUCUCUGCCCCCGGGGCCUGGGGUGCUGCCAGGACCCGGACCCCCGUGAUGCUUCGCCGCCGGGCUUCGCUGCGGGCUGGGGGACACCUGCCACGGCGGGGACACCCCCGGAGCCGCACGGGGCUCCUGGCAUGGGGACGGGUGCCUGGGGCUCACCUCUCUGCAGCCCUGCUGAGGGCACUGCCCCGGAGGUGCUUGGGGGUCCGGAGAUGGGGUUAGAGACCUGGGGGUCACCCCCCUACACCCCUGCUGCAGGGACCCCCCCAGAUGUACUCGGGGGUCCGAACAUCGGGAUGGAGACCUGGGGGUCUCCCUCCUACAUCCCUGCAACCGGGACCCCUCCGGAGGUGCUUGGGGUUUCCAGCAUCCAGACGGAGACCUGGGGGCCGCCCCCCUACAUUCCUGCAGUGGGGACCUCCUCAGAGCUGAACAAGGCUGUCACCUCCACCGCGUCCCCCUGGCUGACCCCUCCCCACUCUGCAGGGGCUGGGCCCCCCCCGGAUCUCCCUGGUGGCGUCCUGGACAUGGGACUAGUGCUGUCAGAGUUCGUGGGCACAGGGACAGUCACCCAGGAUCUCUCUGCGGACCUGCUCUCACUGCUGGAGGUUCUGUUCCCCACUCAGCCCCGGCACUGA